AUGGUUAAGAAAACUCAUUUGUUUCGUCAAGGGUAUAAAAUACCAUGGACACUGGCCAUCAUCGUGGCAGCGCUGGCCAGUGCGAAGCGGCCACACUUCACAGUGGAGCCGCCGGCGCGCGUGCUGUGGCCGGCCACGCGCGGCGCUCAUGCUCUCUGCCGUGCCACCGGCCAUCCCGCACCUGACGUUAACUGGGUCACUGCUGAGGGACAAAUCCUUACCACUAUACCCGGCUUAAGGCAUGUGUUAAACGACGGACGACUGGUGGUCGGCGCGAGACGUUCAGUAGUAGAUGCCGGAGGGGGCGGUAGCAGCGCGAUAUUAAGAUGUAAAGCGUCAAAUAAAGCUGGAACUACUUUAUCAAGACCUAUGUUAUUACAACCAGUUGAGGAUAACGUUUUAUCACAUUCUGUACGUCAGCUAACUCCGGCUAAAGUUGGCGGAUCUGUUGUGUUGCGAUGUGAGAUAUCCCCACAAAUUGGUCUCGUUGAUAUCCGAUGGAUUCAAGAUGGGCUUACACUUUCCACGAGUUAUAUUGGCGGCGAUUCGCGUUGGAUAUCUGGUGCGGGUGGUUUCUUGUUAGGUGUAGAUUUAACUCAAGCAGAUAUACAAGCAGAAUAUUCUUGUAUAGCUUUGGACACACCAAGUCCAAUCGUGAAACUUACGACAGAUGAUAGUAGUUGGUUAGAAAACAAUGAAAUAAACUCAGUUGAAGCUCGAACAGGAGAUACAGUUAUACUGCCUUGUAUUAUGAGACAUGUCAAUGGACAUACUAUUACUUGGCAGCGACAGGAAGCAAGUGGUGUAUGGAUAGCUCAUACUCCUGGAGAAGGAAUCGUUAAAGGCGGUGCCCUCAUACUUCCCAGUAUACGACCACAUCACGCUCUACGAUAUGCUUGUUCAACGGGAACUGAAUCUUCAACUAGACUUCUUGUGCGAUUAAUAGUAACUGAACCAUUAACUGUCACUGUUACUCCAAAUCCAAUGAUGCUUGGAACGGGUGGAUCAGGAGUUUUUAAUUGCUCAGUACAAGGUGGACGUGGCGGAGGCGUAACUUUAAGUUGGCAGCACGAAGGUCGACCACUUCAUGCGCCGCAAUCUCGGCUAUCGCUGGGUCCAGUCCGAUCACACCAUGCUGGUCUUUAUCAAUGUACAGCUUAUGAUCACAUAGAUUCAGCUGUUUCUGGAGCUGAACUUGUUAUAGCUGAUAGACCACCGAGGCUUAUUUCAACAUUUAGUGAAGCUGUUACCAGAAUUGGACAAAGUAUUGUAUUAAGAUGCGCGGCUAAUGGUAUUCCUCCGCCAAGAAUAUUAUGGACAUUAGAUAAUAGACCUUUGCCUUCUGCUCCAGAUAAGUAUAGUGUUAAUACAAGAGCAGAAUCUCUACCUAAUGGUGAAGAAGGAGCAAUUGUAUCGACGUUAAGCGUCACAAUCCGAACAGCAGACGAAGGCGGUAGAUAUGGUUGCAAUGCUACUAAUUCUGGUGGCUCUCAUGCUCAUCACGCAAGACUUAAUAUAUUUGGUCCACCAAAUAUUCGAUACCUGCCACCAAUUCAUGUAAAAACAAACACGGAUGUAGUACUUAAUUGCCCUUACUCGGGAUAUCCAAUAAAAGAAGUUAUUUGGCGGCGUGAAGAUGGAUCAGCUAUAGACUCUAGUCUUGAAUCUACAGAGGAUAUAGGUAUAUUAAGGCUUCCUUCAGUAAGAAGUACUGAUGCAGGUAGUUACACGUGUGAGGUUAGAGCUGAGAGUGGAGAACUCGCUAGAAGAACAGUUCGUCUCGAAGUACAUAAACCGCCAAAAAUAAUGCCAUUUCAUUUCCCUGAGGAACUCGAAGUUGGAGGAAGUACGCAAGCAACUUGUAGCUUAGUGUCAGGCGAUAAGCCAAUAUUAUUUUCAUGGCAUAAAGACAAUUUGCCAAUACCAUCAGUAUUAAAGGUCGAACAAAAAAACAUGGACUUUUUCUCACUCUUGGUCAUACAUAAUCUUUCCUCUGCACACACUGGUGAAUACUCAUGCAGGGCGACUAACGAUUUUGGAACAAUUAGUCAUACUGCACCAUUGAUCGUGAAAGAGUCACCGUCUUGGGUGUGGCGAGCUCAGAAUACUUCAGUGUCAGUUGGAGCUGCGGUACUUCUGCCGUGUUCAGCUAAAGGUCAACCAUUUCCCAGAAUAUCUUGGGAAUUUUCUUCGGGAGGUGAUAAUUGGCACCAUAUUUUAUGGAGUCAAUCAGAUACAUCGGAUUCCAGUGAAGGAACAGUAUUAUCUGAUGGCACAAUUUGGCUGAAAGCGGUUACAUCUAAUCAUGAAGGAUGGUAUCGGUGUACGGCACGAGUCCAACAUUCAUUUCUACAUCACUCCUUCUAUCUUGACGUAAGAGAGCCACCUAUUUUAACAAGAGGUGACGGAGGUGGAGAGACUAGAUGGGUGGUAAGGGGAUCAACUGCGAGACUCACUUGCACUGUCAGAGGGGAACCGGAGAUUCAUUUACAUUGGACACACGAUUCACGUCCAUUAUCUUUACUUGGUACAGGAGGCGUCGAAACAAAAGACAUAGGUAAUGGAUUGAUAACGUCAGAAAUAACAAUUAACCACGCAGGCCCAGAACACGCCGGGGACUACCGAUGUCUGGCGCGUAAUUUGUAUGGAAACGACGAACUACUUUUUAGAUUAUUUGUGAAAGAACGCCCCAACGUGCCGGAGGAAGUUCGUAUUUCUGAAUUAUGGUCGAGAAAAGCUCGAGUAACUUGGAGAGCCGCACGAGGAGUAAUUGUGUCGCAUUAUACAUUACAAUAUAAAGCUCUUGCAGUUGACAUGACAAAUGUCGGCUUGAGUGUACCGAUUCCUACAUUGAUGAACACCUGGGAUACGCCGGAGGUUGUUAAUGUGACACUGACGAACUCGGAUCUACUUCACGUUGCAUCGGAAGGGCCGGGGCGUGCCGGGGCUUUGGUGACGGGAUUAGCUCCGGACACACGAUAUGUCCUUAGACUCGCCGCACACAACGACGUCGGGGCGUCCCCUUAUACUACGCCUCUACAUUUUACUACCAGGGAAGAAGCCCCGGGCGGAGUGCCGCGCGACAUAAUAGUGAGAGCCCUGCGCGCUCGAGAGUUACUUGUCACUUGGCAGGCACCGCCGCGAGAAACAUGGCACGGUACAUUACUCGGCUAUACGAUACGUUGGUGGGAAGUGUCGGAGGAGGGUAAAGGACACGGUGAUAACUCUGGUUCGGAGAGUGGUGCCAGUGCGGAUGCGACUAGUACUACUCUGAGAGGAUUGAAAGCGGCCACGAGAUAUGGUAUCACUGUUAGAGCUUACAAUGCUGCCGGUGCUGGGCCCAUUUCACCACCUCAUUAUCGACACACACUUGAAUCUCCACCGAAUGGAAGUCCUGAAUUGUUACCCUGCAUAUCAAGUGGUUCGACCUCACUUAGAAUAUCAUGGCACCCACCAACUCCGGAAUCGAGAGGAGGCAUCAUAACUCAUUACACGCUACAGUACACAAGGCGUGAUUCUGACCCUCUUUUACCACCUCAGGACGCAUAUUUACGAGUUCAGGGAGAAGAAACAACAGUAUCGCGUUUAUCACCGUACGCUGAAUAUGAAAUAAGGGUUCGUGCACACAACGCGGCGGGAGAUGGUCCACUCUCUGCUCCUCAAUUCUGUCGCACAGACGAAGAUGUACCAAGUGCGCCAGGAGGUAUGAAACUUAUAGCGUUGAGUGAACGGUCCUUAAGAGCAUCGUGGCUACCUCCGUCGCAACCUAAUGGAAAAUUAACUCAUUACACUUUAUAUGUAAAAGAUUUGUCGGGAUCUCAAGAACCAAAUGUUACAAGAAUGAAUGCAUGUAUUGAAGGCGAAGAGUGUAUGAAACCAUUACGAGGACUUCGUCCGGGUAGAACAUACGAAGCUUGGGUCAGGGCUGCCACAAGCGCCGGAGAAGGUCCGCCAUCAACAGUCGUAGCUUGUCAAACAAGUGCAUUAGCACCAGCUCGAAUAUCUUCUUUCGGUGGAUUAGCUAUGGAAGCAGCUGGAAGUUCUUUGUCCCUACGCUGUGUAGUAGGAGGCGUGCCACCUCCUGCUAAACGCUGGCUUCGAGCCGGUAAUCCCCUUCAUCCUGUUCCACCAUUUCAAUUAGAAGGAGACGCUCUACUUAUACGAGGCUUAGAAUUAUCACACGCUGAUAAUUACACAUGUGUUGCUGAAAACCCUCACGGCUCUGAUUCUGUCACUUGGCGGGUAAUUGUGUUACGACCACCAGCUCCACCAAGCUUAGCUUUGUUAGAAGCAAGGUCUAGAGAACUAGAACUUGAUCUAAGGCCCACGCCACGAGCACCCGGACAUGCACUUCCUAAAGCUUAUACAUUGCAUUGGAGGCUUGCUACGCCUGAGGGGGAAUGGCGCAUACAAUCUGCCAAUCCUGGUCCUGUGACCUUAAGUGGUCUACGAUGUGGUUCAGCUUACCGAGCUUACGGCUCGGCCGGUGGAGCUCCCGGAACUGAGAUAGCAGUUAGAACUUCAGGUGGCCCGCCUUCUGCACCUCCUGAUUCUAGAUGGAUAAGAGCAAAUGCUACACAUGCGCGAUUCGACACAAGCAUAUGGUCAGAUGGAGGAUGUGGGCCUGUAACCCUAAAACUGGAAUGGGCUGGUUCUGGUGCAUUGGGGGCAAGAGAUGUACCGGUUGGUGGGGAAGUUAUUUUAAGCGGUUUAACUCCGGGUUCGAGAUAUCGCGUGGCUGCUCGGGCUUCUAAUGAAGCAGGAUUAACGCGAGAAGUUUAUGAGUUUACGACAGUACCACUUGAGGGUAGUUUCGCUGAAGAAGUGGACGCCCCGUUCCCAGCUACAGCUGGCGAGCUUGCGCUAUUGUUAGCAUUAUGUGCGGCUCUAUCGUUAGCUGCAUUGACUAUACUUGCAAUACUUUUGAGACGUAAAAGAACCGACGGUGUGGUGGCACGUGUCACAAGCAAUAGUGACAAAUCUGGCUGCGGCACUUACGGAGACGCGCCACAUCCAACACCCAAAUUAUUACCAGAUCCACCAGAUGUGUACGAGAUAAGUCCGUACGCAACGUUCGCGGGGCCCGGCCUCGCGAGCGCUGGUUCCCGUGCGUAUACACUGCAGCUGCGAGCACUCGCCCGACAUGACGACGAUGCCGCACCGCCUGCUCACUCAUCCUCCUGUUGUGACGAAGAAACUUGUGUGGAUACAUGCGAUGAUCAAAGACGCCGACGACGUAGACGCCAUUACUGCCCGGAUCAUGGUUGUUCGUUGGACUCGGGGAGUUGAGAGACACUGCCGGAAAUUGUCAAUAUCUAGUCAACAUAAUUAGA